AUGAACAGAAAACACGUGUAUCACGUGAUCACAAACCUUUGCCCGUUUUUUUCCCCUUUUCCUAGCAAUUCUUGUCAGCCGCGCCCCACGUUCCCACUCUCAAGCCUGAAAAAAAAUUCACCACUGGAUCCAAAGCCCCAUGUGGACCCUGGCAUAGAAAACAAAAUUCAACCGAGACAACAGAGUCCCGUCGUUAAUCCUGAAAAAAUGAUCUGGCCCAAGAUUAUGAAGAACAUUGUUGGUUUGAUCUUCCACCAUCUAGGUUCAAAUGGAUUGUUCCUUCUAUUCAGACAAUCCAGUAUCAGCUUCAGUCCGUAA